AUGAUGUAUAAGAAGUGCCCCCAGCUGGUCGAGGCAGAUGGACACCCUCCUCUACUGGUUCUUCCUGUUAAAAGGGAGUUUUUCCUUUCCACUGUCGCCAUCGUGCUGCUCAGGGUGGAAGACUGGCAGGAAGUGAAGAUUCAGUACAAUCUGCUGGCUUCCUCAAAAAAGCAUCAUAGCUACGGUUUUUCCGGACUCAGGGAUGUAAAGUACCGACACUUUCUGGAGGCGUCCCGGCCCGUCGGACACGCCGCCAACGUGAGAGCGGAGCAGGAUGGACGUCGGGUCAAGAGGUCAUCGCUCUUCUCGACGGGAGUCAAAGUGUGCCCCCAGGACACGGUGAAGGCCGUGAUCGGCAGCCACCGGGCCUUUUACAAACUCCGAGUUUGUCAGGAAGCCAUCUGGGAAGCAUUUUGGGUCUUUUUGGAUCGAGUCCCAAGCCCGGAGGAGUACAGAUUCUGGGUUGACACCUGUCAGCAUGAGAACCUCUGCAUGGACGACCUGGCCCAGAACUUCAGCAGCUCUCAGGAGCAUCUGGACAUGGUGGCCAGAGUAGUGGCAGAGAAGGCUGAGGGUGAUGGUUUUGUAUCUGCCACUCAGAAGCCAGACAGUGAAUGCGCCUGGACCCUGCCUGUGAUUCUGCUUCCAUCUGACGAGAUCAAAGACCCAAACACGAUAAAAGAAAACUACGAGGAGUACGUUGUCGAGUUCAGCAUCACCAUCGUUGACCCGACGUACAGCGAGCUGCUCAGCGACCCCGCGGCGCCGCAGUACAACCACAUCACCGAAGAGCUCAAAGACAAAAUGAUCCACGUCUUUGAAAAAGUCCCAGGGUUCAAAGAAAUCCGUGUUCUGGGAUUUCGAUCUGAGGACGUGUCUAUGCGUUGUGCUGUGGUGUUUAACGGGGAAACCCAGCUCGGUGAUGAUCCUGAGGGUUUGGUGGAAGAGGCGGACUCAGAAACGAACCAGGAUGCAAAUGCUCCAAAACUCAAGCACAUCAUUGUGACGGCCUUAAAACAAGAGCCAACCCUCCUGAUGGACAUACAGACACUCAGCUUCGAGACUGUAACUACAGUUUAUCCAGUGGCAAAGCUUGAAAUGAACCCCAUUGAGGAGGCCGCAGCAGAGAAUGAACCGGACGAUGUCAGCACUCCCACCCAACGUUUAUUCCCCACCGUGGCGGUGAUCAAAAACUGGCUUGAAGCUCCAUUUACUGCCAAACCAGAAACGCACACCUUUGUGCCUUUAAACCCCAACAUCCUCACCGAGGCCGCACCUGCUGAGACUCCUUUAAUGGCCGCUACAGAAGAUGAGUCCACAAAAACAGCGGAAACCAAGACGGAAGAGGAGGCAGGGAUGGAGGAGAUUACUGAACACAUCGGCGAAGAGCCUGAAAUGGCAAAUGCAGACAGUGACGACCAUCCAGAAGAUCUCAGUGUUGUAACACCAGGCUCCCACUCUGAUGAAGUGGCCACUGAUGUAACCACUGAAGAUAACUUCAACCCCUUGGAAUCUACAUCUCCCACAGUCACGGACACCACAGUUUCCACUCCUUCACCUGCUGGAGACCCGAUUCAGGGCUGUGAACCGGAAGCAGGCAUGGAGCCUCUACCAUCCCCUUUGGACAUAGAUGAACUCUCUGAAGAUGGAUAUGAUCUGAGUGGAGGGUUUAGUGGAAGGACCCCUCUCACAGCACUGGAAGCCAUAUCAAGUCAGAGCGAGACAGAGGCGAAGGUAACAGAGUCACUGGAGGAGGAGAGUGGUAGCGGAUUUGCCUCGGAGUCUGAUGAACGCCCGUACGAAUCCACAGCCACACCUUCCAUGAGACAAGCCAGCACACCGAUGAUGGCAGCAGUGGACAGGAGCAAAGAGUUGGUGGUUUUCUUUAGCUUGAGGGUCACUAACAUGAUGUUUUCUGAUGACCUGUUCAACAAGAGCUCACCUGAGUAUAAGUCACUGGAGAAUACCUUUCUUGAGCUGACACAGCAUUCUGGGUCCAGAAACUCACCAAACCCUGGAGCCUCCAGGAAAUCUGGGCCUAGGAGACAGACGACUUUAGCCUCCAUACCGCUCUUGCCAUAUUUACAGUCAAAUCUGACUGGAUUCAAGCAGCUGGAGAUUCUUAACUUCAGGAAUGGGAGUGUUGUGGUGAACAGCAGGAUGAAACUGGACAAACCCGUUCCUUAUAAUGUCACAGAAGCUGUGCACUGUGUCCUGGAGGAUUUCUGCAAUGCAGCAGCUGCACGCCUCGACAUCGAGAUUGACAGUCGGUCUUUGGAGGUCGAGCCAGGUGAGGUGUCCCUGCUAAUGCUGCUUUGUCCUACUUUUAAACUGACACUUUAUUUAAAACGAACACCUCAGAAAUCAGCCCUCUGA